AUGGAUCGGAUUUCACUCGACCCAUGGUUGGGAACUAAUGAUUGGUUCGGUCUACAACGAUUUUGGAUUGGAUCAUAACGAUCAAAUUAUAUCUGGUCUUGUUUCCACUUUUCCAGUUAUUCUAGAUACAAUUGUGAAAUAUUGGAUCUUCCUUUUUUUAAAUCGUGUAUCUCCUUCGCUUGUAGUAAUUUAUCAUUCAAUGAAUGAAUAAAGAACUCAUUUGAUCUUAUUAUAUCAAUCAAAUCAGAAUCUUUCUUCGUGUAUAAAGAAAGUAUUUUCAAUUUGACUUAAUUCUUUAUACUUUUAUCUGUUCAAGGUAUUCGUCCUAUAUUCCAGUACAAUUAUUCCAGUACAAUGACAGACUCGUGUAUAGGGAACUAUACUAGCUACCUAUCUAAUUUAUUGUAGAAAUUCGGGGAUCAAUGAUUGGACAUGCAAAAUAAAAAUACUUUUUCUUGGGUAAAGGAAGAGAUGACUCGAUCCAUUUCUGUAUCGAUCAUGAUAUAUGUAAUAACUCGGGCAUCUAUUUCAAAUGCAUAUCCCAUUUUUGCGCAGCAGGGUUAUGAAAACCCGCGAGAAGCAACGGGACGAAUUGUAUGUGCCAAUUGCCAUUUAGCUAAUAAACCCGUGGAUAUUGAAGUUCCGCAAGCUGUGCUUCCUGAUACUGUAUUUGAAGCAGUUGUUCGAAUCCCUUAUGAUAAGCAACUGAAACAAGUUCUUGCUAAUGGUAAAAAGGGGACUUUGAAUGUGGGGGCUGUUCUCAUUUUACCCGACGGAUUCGAAUUAGCCCCCCUUGAUCGUAUUUCUCCUGAGUUGAAAGAAAAGAUAGGAAAUCUGUCUUUUCAGAGUUAUCGUCCCAACAAAAGAAAUAUUAUUGUGAUAGGUCCUGUUCCCGGUCAGAAAUAUAGUGAAAUCGUCUUUCCCAUUCUUUCCCCCGACCCUGCUACGAAGAAAGACGUUCACUUCUUAAAAUAUCCCAUAUACGUAGGUGGGAACAGAGGAAGGGGUCAGAUUUAUCCUGAUGGUAGCAAAAGUAACAAUACAGUCUAUAAUGCUACAUCAGCAGGUAUAGUAAGCAGAAUAGUACGUAAAGAAAAAGGGGGAUAUGAAAUAACCAUAGUUGAUGCAUCGGAUGGACAUCAAGUGGUUGAUAUUAUACCUCCAGGACCAGAACUUCUUGUUUCAGAGGGUGAAUCCAUCAAGCUUGAUCAACCAUUAACAAGCAAUCCCAAUGUGGGAGGCUUUGGUCAGGGAGAUGCAGAAAUAGUGCUUCAAGACCCAUUACGGGUCCAAGGUCUUUUGUUCUUCUUGGCAUCUGUUAUUUUGGCACAAGUUUUUUUGGUUCUUAAAAAGAAACAGUUUGAAAAGGUUCAAUUGUACGAAAUGAAUUUCUAGGUGCAGAGAUUCCUUAACAUCAAGUUGGUAAAAAGCGCCGAAUUUUUUUUGAUCCAUACAAUUAUGUAUGAUCAAAAAAUCUGUAAACCUUUUUGGUUGCUUUGUUUAUACUUUUUUUUCGUUUUGCGGGAUGUCUGGAAUUCAUUACUUGUAUCCUAUUCUUAGUAAUAGACAAUAGACAUACAAAGAAAGAGAAUACAGAGCAAGGAUGGGAAAAAUGAAAGAAAGAAAUCCUUUUAGGAGGGAUUACUAGUCUUACGAGUCUUCUAUUCGACACAAGAAAAGGGCGGAAAAUCCUUUUUCUUGUGUCGUCUUAUAUCGAAAUAAUAAUGAUUUUUUCUCCUGUUCGUCAAAGAUUACCAUUCCUUCUUUUCCGGGUCCACCAGAACUCUUUUGGUUAGAUUCAUAGGAAGUUGUGGACAAACAAAAAGAGAGAAAGGAUUAGGGGAAUAAUUGAUUGAGCAAAUAGAACUUCUUCAAUUAACUUAAACUUUUAACUUAGAGAAAUUAUUCAAGAGAAAUUAUUCAAACAAAUUAUAUUAUAGAGUUUUAUAGAGUAAGUUCUAUAGAGUAAGUUCUAUUAGUAGUUUAGUAUAGAAAUUAUUUGCAGGAUGUCUCAUGCGUAGAAAUCUAUAUAAUAUUGUAUUAUUCAGAAAAUCCAUUGAUUACUCUUUUCUUGUUUCUUCAUAAGAGUUAAUAUUAUGGAGGAAAGGAAGAACAGAGACUAUGAAUCAAUCAAUAGAUUCAAUUCUUCAAAAACAUUAUUAAGAAACAAAAGAAUAGAGUGGUUUGAAACAUCAGAGCAAAGGAUCCGUUUUGUCAUUUCAUUUCUACGAAUAUAAUAUUUUGAUUAUGUUGACUGGCCAAUUUGUAUGUUAUGGAAUAGAUCAUAAUCUUCCUAUAAGAGUAAGAAAAGAACUCAACGGGACCUUAUCGCUCUAAUUAGACAAAGGAGGGUAAGGUCCCGUUGAGUUCUUUUCUUACUCUUUCAUGUCUACAAUCCGGUUUAUCCGAUUACUAGAGAGAUGAACCCAACCCAGAAUAUGAACCGUAAAAGAAAACACCUAUUAAACCGAUCACAGGAAUACCAGUUACAGUACCAACCAGCCAAAGAGGAAUCCUUCCAGUAGUAUCGGCCAUUUCCCCUACUUUCCUCCACAUUUUCUCAAAUGGUCGUGCUAGAGACAAAAACAGUCAUGGAUAAUUAUGAGGAUGGUAUCUUUCCGAAUGGGAUAAGAGAAUUCCUACUAUUCUCUUUCUUUCUUUCAAUUGAAGAAAUAAUUGGAAAAUAAAACAGCAAGUACAAAAAUGAGUAAUAAACCCCAGUAUAGACUGGUACGAUUCAAUUCAACAUUUUGUUCAUUCGGGUUUGAUUGUGUCAUAGCUCUAUAAUUCAAAUUAGGUUUAUCGUUGGAUGAACUGCAUUGCUGAUAUUGACCCCAAAAAAGAAACGGUAGGUACAGCUAGUCCGUGAACAGCCAACCAUCGCACUGUAAAAAUUGGAUAGGUUCGAUCUAUGGUCAUUGGGGGCCUCCUAAAAGGAUUUACUAAAUUCAUCAAGUUGUUCCAAAGAAUCAAAACGGCCGGUUAUCAAUGGAAUACCUUGUCGGCUCUCUGUGAAAUACUCGUUUGGCCGAGGACUUCCAAACACGUCGUAAGCUAAACCCGUACUGACGAAUAACCAACCCGCAAUGAAUAGGGAAGGUAUAGUAAUGCUAUGAAUGACCCAGUAUCGAAUACUGGUAAUAAUAUCAGCAAAAGAACGUUCUCCCGUGCUUCCAGACAUUCUGAGCUCCACAAAUUUUUGUACAUUCAAAAAAGGGAAUCGAUUCCUUGAAAGAUGGGAUCAGUAAAUGGAAAACUACUGAUAUUGCAUCUUUGUGAGAUCGUCAAUUUUGUACCAAAGGUUUAUUUCAAGUAUACCGAAUCAGUAUAGCUAUCCUUCCUCUGGCACAGCAACGCAGUCUCGAUCGGUACCGAAAUGCUACAUAAUUCUUUUCUUCUUUUUUUGUUCCUUGUCUAUGCAUAACUCUAUGUUAUUCAAUAGAUCAAUAGAAAAUUACUCAAAUUCCUUAUAAGAUUUCCAUUAUUGGAUUCAUAAUAGAAAGUAAAGAUCUUGGAAAAGCGUGAAUCGAUGGUUUCUAAUAAUUUAUGAAGCAUAUUAUAAUAUUCACACAAUUCAAUUAUAUGUAUGCGAAAUCUAUAAUAAACCCAUUUUUUGGUUAAAAGUUUUUUUGUUCAAAUCUUUUUAUUUCAAGUAAUUGGUUGGUCGUAUAAUACAAUAAAUAUACUGUAAUACAAAAUACAAUAGUAUAUACUAUAUUAGUGAAAGAAACAGAACAUGAAAGAAACAGAACCCAGUUGGAACAAUCCAUAUUCGUGAUGCAACCGUUAUUGUAUUAGAUCCAAAACAAAGGUUCUUUCUUGACCAAACUAGAAGUAUGGAACUCCAUGAUAUGGAAAGACAGAAUAUAGAAUCUAAAAGGAUAAUGGAAGUUGUUCGUCUUUGAAUCGAGUUGGACCUGAAAAAAAAGAAUAAAAAUAUAAAAAUGAAAAAUAGAGUAAAGGUUUUAUUUUUUUCGAUAGAUCGUGGGACACCUUUUUCUUUUCAUUCGAAAUAUUAUGUUAUGGGCAAUUAAGCAACCUAUUACUGUACUGAGUCCAAUGAGUUAAAAUAAAUAAAAGGUAAAUAGUAUCAGGCCGUUCGUUCCAAAAAGGAUUAGAUCCUAUUGAAAUAGAAAGGAAAUGAUUAAAAUGGAAUUUUCAAAUCCAAUUCUUUUAUUCCAAAAUUACUUAAAUUACUUAUAUUUUAUUUAAUAUUUUAUUUAAUAUUUAAGUAUAAGUCCAUAAGUAAUUUAAGUUUUGAAUGAAGUUACACGGCACAGUUCUUAAUUACUAUUACUUUUACUUAUACUUUAUAUUUUACUUACUUUUACUAUUACUUUAUUCAACUCACAAAUACUUUAUUCAACUCACAAAUUCCACAAUGAAUCUGUUGAUUCCGAAUCAUAGGAUCGGUCAAUGUCACAGCAGAUGAAUCGAAUUUUUCUACCUAUGUCACUCUUAGUUAGUCUUAUCUAUAAUGACUGAUGAAUCCAGAAUUUUCAAUUGGAACUAAACUAAUUCUGUCAAUUGAUUUUUUCUUGCCGUCGUAUUUUGUAAAAAUUGAAACUUAGGUAAGUGUUUUAUCAACAUAUGUAGCAAAAGAACAUAUCUAAUUUAGCUCUUUCAUGCUUACUAUAACUAGUUAUUUCGGUUUUCUACUGGCUGCUUUAACUAUAACCUCAGCUCUAUUCAUUGGUUUGAACAAGAUACGACUUAUUUGAAAUGAAUUGAAUGAAAAAUUGAUAAAAACGAAUAUUUCUCUGAGAUUCCGGGUAUUCUAUGGUUCUUUCUCACAUCAAUUGCCAAUUCUUGGUCAUUGAGAUUCACGGAUAAUUCAGAUUAAUAUUUAGGGAUAGAUCUUACCUUUCUUUUUAUCCCCUUAAACAAACCGAAAUGAUUGAAGUUUUUCUAUUUGGAAUCGUCUUAGGUCUAAUUCCUAUUACUUUAGCAGGAUUAUUCGUAACCGCAUAUUUACAAUAUAGACGUGGUGAUCAGUUGGACCUUUGAUUGAGUAAUAUUUCUUUCUUUUUUUGAUUGACCUCCUGCAGGAAGGAGGUCAAAUUCAAGUUACAAUUCAACUUUUUGUUUUGUUAAAUUAUUAAUUAUUUUAUUGUGAUUCGACAUCAAAUAAACCGAAUCACGCUCUGUAGGAUUUGAACCUACGACAUCGGGUUUUGGAGACCCGCGUUCUACCGAACUGAACUAAGAGCGCUUUCUUAUCCUUAUGACAGGAGAUACGACUGUACUGUAAAGAAAAGUAAUUUUUCUACCCCCAAUACGUCUUGCAUACAUAUAGUAUGCAAGACCGGAAGAUUAUGUCCAAUUUUAAUCGAUCUCAAUGAAUCCCUCGUUACUGCCCAUGGGAGAAGUAAUAGGUAGGGAUGACAGGAUUUGAACCCGUGACAUUUUGUACCCAAAACAAACGCGCUACCAAGCUGCGCUACAUCCCUUUUCAAAAUUGUUGUACAGUUUCAUUGUACAAAAUCCCUGUCUUGUUUUCCAUAUCGUCAUUUUCUCCUCCAUCUAUAUACAAUUUUCUUGUCAUUUCUUCUUUUUGGUUUCAUAUAAUAAAAGAAUUAUAUACAUCUGAAACCUAACGUAUAAAAAAGUUAAUAUUUAUCAGUAAUGCUCAGGAACAAGGGAUUAGAUUUUUUUUCUUUUACAAAAAAAGAAAAAAAUCUAUUGCUUCAUUGUACAUAUCUAUUUUAGUUAGGAAUCCUGUUUAGUUAGGAAUUCCGUGUAAAAAAAUACAAAUGAUCUUGAACUACAGCAUCUGACCAUAUAUGUAUUACAAUCCAUAAUAGAAGGAGGAUUUUCAAUGCGAGAUAUAAAAACAUAUCUCUCCGUGGCACCUGUGCUAAGUACUCUAUGGUUUGGGUCUUUAGCAGGCCUAUUGAUAGAAAUUAAUCGGUUAUUUCCGGAUGCCUUGUCAUUCCCCUUUUUUUAAUUCUAGUUAUUGAUUGAUAUGCGAAGAAAUGAAGAAAAUUAGAGAUACAAUUCCACGUGACUAAAAUUUCGAAUUUCGCCCCUAUUUUUUCAGUUCUUUAGGAUAGGAAGGAAAAGAAAAAAGUGUAUUGAACCUCAGCAAAAAUGUGGUAGAUCGAAGAUCGAAUUUUGGAGAACAGAAAUGAAAAUGUGGAUCCAGUCUACGGCGAGUUCCACGAAAUCAUAGCAUAGAAAGAAGAUAUUUAACUUAAAUAAUAAAUAAAAUAAAUAUUAAUAAAAUAUUGAGAUUUAGGAUAGGAACAAUUGAGAGUUAGAAAGAAAUUGUAUUAUUUAAUUAUUACUCCAUUAAAUUAUUACUUUAUUAUUCUAGUAAAAUUGUUACUCCAUUAAUAUAAUAUUAAUUAUCAUUAUAUAAUGAAAUGAUAAUUGCAACGAAAUACUUAGAAAUUCCAUUUCUAGUUAGUAACUUCUAUCGAUUUUUUUUGUUCUUUUCUUCUUCUUCAGCUCGGAUCGAAAAUAGAAGAGUUAAGCCGAUCCAAAAUUCAAAGGAGGUUCAUGGCCAAGGGUAAAGAUGUCAGAGUCAUAGUUAUUUUGGAAUGUACCAGUUGUGCCCGAAAUGAUGUCAAUAAAGAAUCGCCAGGUAUUUCUAGAUAUAUUACUCAAAAGAAUCGACACAAUACGCCUGGUCGAUUAGAAUUGAGAAAAUUUUGUCGCUAUUGUAACAAGCAUACGAUUCAUGGAGAAAUAAAGAAAUAGAUCGAACAGAACGCGUGUGCGCUCUCGCCAAGGAAGAGGAAGAACUUAACAUAUAUUUAGAAGAACUUAACAUAUAUUUAACAUACUUAACAUAUAUUUAACAUAUAUAAUAUACAUAAUGUAUAAUAUACAUAAUGUAUAAGAUAUAUAAUAUACAUAAUGUAUACAAAUCAAAGCCUAUUUUGGUCGGAUCUGAACUGAAGUGAAUAAAGAAAUAGAAUUUUAGAAAUAAGGAAUAAACCAUGGAUAAAUCCAAGCAAUCUUUUCGUAAAUCCAAGCGAUCUUUUCGUAGGCGUUUGCCCCCAAUUGGAUCGGGGGAUCGAAUCGAUUAUAGAAACAUGAGUUUAAUUAGUCGAUUUAUUAGUGAACAAGGAAAAAUAUUAUCUAGGCGGGUGAAUAGAUUGACUUUGAAACAACAACGAUUAAUUACUAUUGCUAUAAAGCAAGCCCGUAUUUUAUCUUUGUUACCUUUUCUUAAUAAUGAGAAACAAUUUGAGAGAGCCGAGUCGAUCCCCAGAACUACUGGUCCUAGAACCAAAAAUAAAUAGACAUACUCUUCAAUUGACUCAAAACUCCAAUUGUAACUCAAGCUCAGAUUGAUGUUUUGUUCGAAAAGGCCUAGAAUCUAGAGCGGGUUCCUGUGUUAUAAGAAACAAAAAAUGGAGAAAAUUUUUUUUAUUGAAACAUAUUCGUUCAUUCCUAUUACUAUCUUAAUUUCUUUUUAUUCUAUUUUCCCGGAGUUCCUUCUCCGGGGAAUUCUGUUUCAAUCAUUCCUGUACUGUAUAUUACUUUAGAAUCUACUUUAUUUGAUGAUCUUGUUGGAAAUCAUGUAAAGACAAUUCUUAUUUGAUAUAGCUAUUUGUGCAGGUAUUUUACGAUUAAGAAGCAAUUGCUUCUUGUACAGAUUGUGUAUUAAUCUACUAUAACUAUACAAUACCUUAUUAUCACGAGUUACUGCAUUUAUCCGAGUGAUCCACAAACGACGAAAAUCCCUCUUUUGCCUGCCUCUAUCUCGAUGAGAGGAAGCCAAAGCUCUCAUUUUCUGUUGAGUAAUCGUUCGAGUAAGUCUUGAAUGAGCUCCUCUAGAGGUUGAUGCAAAUAAACGAAUUUUUGUUCGACGUCUCCGAGCUGUAUAUCCCCGUCUAACUCUGGUCAUUGAAUCAAAUUAAACCUUAAUGAAUAACUAAUUGAUUUCGAUUCUUUCAGUCAUCCUUUUCCCCUCUCACGGUCGAUUAAUAACAAAACGGAUUAUUCCGAUAUAUAAAAUAUAAAUUCCAAUGGCUUUUGCUACUAUAACCUUCCUGACCACAAUUUUUUAUUCCGUCCAGGCAUUUCACCUGCAAAUAAGAAAUUAUAAUGAUACUCAAAAAAAAUAGUGGGUUCCAUCGUUUCUAUGGUUACUUCUUAAACGGUGAGGUCCUCUCUAUACACCGGAGCCUCUUCUUUCAUUUAACCAAAUGGUAUUGUGAACUUGUAUAGUUCACACUCUUUGGCUCUACCCAUCAAUUAUAGAGUAAUAACUCUUUUCACACUAAGAGUUAUCUAUACAGUGACGGCAUUUAAUUAGGAAAGUUGGCUAGGUAGCUGACCCUCUUAGUCCGCUCUUUUAACAAUAGGCGCAUAAUCUUUUUGCUUCUUAUAAUACUAUUUCCUCCGCUUAAUGGAUAACUAUUUGCUACCAAUGGGGAAUUGCUUUUCAUCUCAAAUCUAGGUGAUUGGAUUUGCACCAAUGGAAACCAUAAAUUCCAUACACAAUAUAGGUAUAUGAUAGAUCUUUUCCAUUUACCCUAUUCAUUGGUACCGGUCAUUGACACUGGAAAAAUUGUCUCAUUUGUUCGAACUCAUGAUCUGAACGAGUCGCACAUACACCCUAGUACAUGUUCCUCGACGCUGAGGACAUCCUCUAAGAGCGGGAGAUUUCGUAACAUUUCUUAUCGGCUGUCUUGCGUUUCUAAUAAGUUGUUUAAUAGUUGGCAUGUCGUAUAUAUAUAUAUGUAUAUAUAGAAUUAGAAUGGAAUGGGUUGGUUUAGAUCGAUCUUAACCUGAUGAUUGGAUUGAUGAUUAUGAAUUUUUUCUAUUCAAUACCAAAUCACAGAAAAUUCGAAUUAUGGUUUGAAAUGGAUUUACACGAAAUCCCCGGUAUUUUCAUUUUCGACCGCUACGAGAUCAACAAUGCCAUGAGCUUGGGCUUCUGUUGCUGACAUAAAAACAUCCCUUUCCAUGUCUUCGGAUACAACCCAUAAAGGCUUGCCCGUUCUUUGUACAUAAACCUUUGUGAGGGUUUCACGAAGUUUCAGUAGUUCUUCCAUUUCCAGGACAAAUUCCCCUGUUCGUGAUUCAUAAAAAGAACUAGCAGGUUGAUGAAUCAUGACCCUAAAUAUAUUGAUAUUGAUAUAACAUCAUGAACGGUUCCUCUAUCUCGUAUGAUUGGGCUAAUGUAAGGGAUAAAAAAAAAAUAACAAGAAGAAAUUGAACAACCGUACAGGCAUCUUCUGUGCGUUGCAUACGGCUCCGCAAUGGAAUUUACUUUUUUCUUCUCUUCUAUUCUAUCUAAGAAAGAAAGAGAAUCCAUCUGAUUCAGAUCGUUGAAUGAUCCAUUUACCACCCUUCCUUUCGUAGGAGUCAAAAAUACUAUGAUGGUUCUGUUGCUUUAUAUAUUUAUCUCGUCUGUGAUUUAGCAAUCCCAAAGUGCCUUUCUGAUACGAUCAAAUAAGGAAAACUGAUCUUUUUUUUUUUCAUUUUCGUACUCUUCCAUAACAUAAAUAUCAGAAAGAAACUUCUGGUGUGGAAGAAAAAUGGUUUGUGACGCUGAAAUGUACCCCCGACACAUAAAAUCAACAAAUCGGAAAUAACCUUUGUUUCAUACUACUAUCUCGAUACAAAAUCUCAUGUUAUGAAAAAACAAUAAUGGUUUGUUCAUAUCGAACUCGAAGUGCCAUGCUAUUAUUACUUAUUAUUCAUAUUCAAUAUGGCGAAGGCAUAGUCUUUCUUUUUUUUUUCAAAUAAAAACUCAUUGGCGCCAAGCGUGAGGGAAUGCUAGACGUUUGGUAAUUUCUCCUCCGAUCAGAAUGAAAGAUCCCAUAGAAGCGGCUAACCCCAUGCAUAUUGUAUGCACAUCGGGUGGCACAAAUUGCAUAGUAUCAUAAAUAGCUAUUCCUGAUACUACCCAUCCGCCGGGAGAGUUUAUAAACAAAAAAAGAUCCCUAGUAUUAUCUUCUAUACUGAGAUAUACCAUGAGACCAACAAUUUGAUUUGAGAUCUCGCUAUUAACCUCUUGACCUAAAAAAAGUAAUCUUUCUCGAUGAAGUCGGUUGAUUAGGACAAAAUUGGUUCCUUUAGGAACUGUACGUGCACCUUUGGAUGCAUACGGUUCAAAAAAAUUGCGAAAAAAGAAUCAAUGUGUCGAUUCCAGUUCUAUUUUUUUUUUUUUUUUUUCUGUAAUAGGUUUUUGUUUUUCUAAUAAAGCUUCCAUUUUUAAAAAGACAUGAGAUGAGUUUUGGCUUCCUUACCUAUAAAAAAAGAAUUUACUGAACUUAUUGAAAUUGAACAAAUCUCUCUCAUUGAUGUAUUGUUUCAUCGACAUUCAAAUCACGAUGUAAUUUUCUUGUUUCUGAAUGGGCCUUUUCAAUUCUUUUAGGUUCAUGUUCUACUCCGGGAAAAGAUCUGUCCGAAUUCCAUUUGCACAUAUAGGGCAAAUGGUCUCAGUACCACUUCUUUUUGUUACGACUUUUUUUUUUCAAUUCGUUUCAUGCCUUUCCCCAAUCAUUCGAUGUACUCAUCAUACUAUUCCGUUGGUUAUUGGUUGGACGUUUGAAAUCACUCCUAUAAUAAGGAUAAGAAUCGUUUAUGAUACAAGCGGUAAUCAUACAUUACAUGGAUUACCAAUUUGGUAUUUUCUGAACGGAGCCUGGAUACUUUAUUACUUUAUUUUAUCUGGAUACUUUAUUACUUUAUUUUAUUUUUAUUUUUCCAAGUCAACCAUAAAUUCUCCUAAUUGAUCCUCAAAAUAAAUAAAUUGAUCUAAUUGCACUUCACGCUCCGAAUGAUUGAUGGUUCACUCAAUACAAUAUUUCUUAGGCGAAACAGAGGAUAUUUCGAUCGAGGGAGAGAGAACGGGUAAAUUCCAUAUAACCCAAUAUGUCUGACAAGUCGCACUAUAAGUCAACCCAAACUGCAUCUUCCUCUCCAGGACUCCGAAAAGGUACUUUUGGAACACCAACGGGCAUUAAAUUAAAGAAAAAAUUGAGUACUAUACUUCACUUUAAUGUGGAAACAUAACAAUGGCUUUAUCGUCUUCAUCCCUUUUUCUGUUUAUUGUAUUUUAUACAUAGAUUUUUAUACAUAAAUUGGAAGGUUUAUUUUAUAGAGUAAGACAGAAUGAAUAAAGAAAAAUUUUAACUAACGGAUCAAUCGUUGGAGUAAUAAACAAGUAUCUAUGCAUUCGUUUCCCGAAAGUAGAACUAAUCCUCCCAUUGCGUAUUGGUACUUAUCGGGUAUAGAAUAGAUCUGCUUCUCUUUGUUCUUACGAACAGAAUUGUUCCAUUAUUUUCAAUGGAACGGAAUAAAAAUUAACCCUUUCUCAUACGGAAUCUACUGAAAAGGUUAGAUACAUAGUAUAGUCUUUUCCAAUGCGAUAAAAUAAAGUGACAUAGUGUCUAUUUUUCUUUGAUAAAGGGGUAUUUCCAUGGGUUUGCCUUGGUAUCGUGUUCAUACUGUCGUAUUGAAUGAUCCCGGUCGAUUGCUUUCUGUCCAUAUAAUGCAUACAGCCCUAGUUGCUGGUUGGGCCGGUUCGAUGGCUUUAUACGAAUUAGCGGUUUUUGAUCCCUCUGACCCCGCUCUUGAUCCAAUGUGGAGACAAGGUAUGUUCGUUAUACCCUUCAUGACUCGUUUAGGAAUAACCAAUUCGUGGGGUGGUUGGAGUAUUUCAGGAGGAACUGUAACGAAUCCCGGUAUUUGGAGUUAUGAAGGUGUGGCAGGGGCACAUAUUGUGUUUUCUGGCUUGUGCUUCUUGGCAGCUAUCUGGCAUUGGGUGUAUUGGGACCUAGAAAUAUUCUGUGAUGAACGUACGGGCAAACCAUCUUUGGAUUUGCCUAAGAUCUUUGGAAUUCAUUUAUUUCUCUCAGGGUUGGCUUGCUUUGGCUUUGGCGCAUUUCAUGUAACAGGUUUGUAUGGUCCUGGAAUAUGGGUGUCCGAUCCUUAUGGACUAACUGGAAAAGUACAACCCGUAAGUCCAGCGUGGGGCGCAGAAGGCUUUGAUCCUUUUGUUCCCGGAGGAAUAGCCUCUCAUCAUAUUGCAGCGGGUACAUUGGGCAUAUUAGCAGGCUUAUUCCAUCUUAGUGUCCGUCCGCCUCAACGUCUAUACAAAGGAUUACGUAUGGGCAAUAUUGAAACUGUACUUUCCAGUAGUAUCGCUGCUGUUUUUUUUGCAGCUUUCGUUGUUGCUGGAACUAUGUGGUAUGGUUCAGCAACUACCCCAAUCGAAUUAUUUGGUCCCACUCGUUAUCAGUGGGAUCAGGGAUACUUUCAGCAAGAAAUAUAUCGAAGAGUUAGCGCCGGACUAGCCCAAAAUCUGAGUUUAUCGGAAGCUUGGUCUAAAAUUCCCGAAAAAUUAGCUUUUUAUGAUUACAUUGGUAAUAAUCCAGCAAAAGGGGGAUUAUUCAGAGCAGGGUCAAUGGACAACGGGGAUGGAAUAGCUGUUGGGUGGUUAGGACACCCCGUCUUUAGAGAUAAAGAAGGGCGCGAGCUUUUUGUACGUCGUAUGCCUACCUUUUUUGAAACAUUUCCGGUAGUUUUGGUAGAUGGAGACGGAAUUGUUAGAGCCGAUGUUCCUUUUAGAAGGGCAGAAUCAAAGUAUAGUGUUGAACAAGUAGGUGUAACUGUUGAGUUCUAUGGUGGCGAACUCAAUGGAGUCAGUUAUAGUGAUCCUGCGACUGUAAAAAAAUAUGCUAGACGUGCCCAAUUAGGUGAAAUUUUUGAAUUAGAUCGGGCUACUUUGAAAUCUGAUGGCGUUUUUCGUAGCAGUCCAAGGGGUUGGUUCACUUUUGGCCAUGCUACGUUUGCUUUGCUCUUCUUUUUCGGACACAUUUGGCAUGGCGCUAGAACCUUGUUCAGAGAUGUUUUUGCUGGCAUUGAUCCAGAUUUGGAUGCUCAAGUGGAAUUUGGAGCAUUCCAAAAACUUGGGGAUCCAACUACAAAGAGACAAGUAGUCUGAUACAACAUUGCUCUGGUAUCUUUCGCCUCUUUUUUUGAUUUGACAUAGGGUUAGGGUACUGAAGAAAUCUUGACUUGAAUCACCAUCUUUUCUUUGACUCUUUCCUUUUCUUUAUAUGGUAAAUGAUGCCAAAUGAAUAGGUGUGGAAGCUAUAAUUGUAAACCACGAUCGAAUCUAUGGAAGCAUUGGUUUAUACAUUCCUUUUAGUCUCGACUUUAGGGAUAAUUUUUUUCGCUAUCUUUUUUCGAGAACCGCCUAAGGUUCCAACUAAAAAAUGAAAUAAUUUUUCAUUAUCUCAGUUGAAGUAAUGAGUCUCCCCAUAUGGGAGGCUCAUUACUUCAACUAGUCCCCGUGUUCUUCGAAUGGAUCUCUUAGUUGUUGUGAGGGUUGCCCAAAAGCGGUAUAUAAGGCGUACCCAGUAAAGCUUACAAGUAAACCAGAUAUGAAGAUGGCGACUAGGGUUGCUGUUUCCAUUUUUAGACAAUUUCAAGAUCACAAUGGAUCUACGAUAAGAUCGUUUAUUUACAACUACAACGGAAUGGUAUACAAAGUCAACAGAUCUCAACCAAUGAUUAAAUAGGAUUUAUGGCUACACAAACCGUUGAGGAUAGUUCUAGAUCUGGGCCAAGACAAACUACUGUAGGGAAUUUAUUGAAACCAUUGAAUUCGGAAUAUGGUAAAGUAGCUCCGGGCUGGGGGACUACACCAUUAAUGGGAGUCGCAAUGGCCCUAUUUACGGUAUUCCUAUCUAUUAUUUUGGAAAUUUAUAAUUCUUCCGUUUUACUGGAUGGAAUUACAAUGAGUUAAGUUUAUAAGAACUUUGAAGUCCUAGUUUUCAAUCAAAAAAAUUACUUUACUUAAAACUCGGAUUUCUAGACCAUUCUGGUAGUUCGACCGUGGAAUUUAUUUGUUUCGGUAUCUCCGGAAUAUGAGUGUGUGACUUGUUAUAAUUGAUCCUAUUGAUAAUACAGAGAAUGGUCCUGUUAUCUCUAUCGAGAUGAUUCUAUUUCGUCGGAUAGUUAUUCUAGUAUCUGGAGCACGGAAUAUAUAUAGAAUAUAGAAUAGAUUAAUAAAAGAAAUAUUAAAACUAUGAUUCAUACCUACUAUUCAGACCUCGCAACCGGACUCAGAAAUUUUCAAAUAGAUAUUUCCUAAAUCAAACGAUUUUUCUUCCUUCGGACUUAUUUUUUUCUUGACCGAAGGACAACUCUUUUUCUAGAUUUUGUUGAGUCAUUACAUUCAUCGAAUAAGUGAUCAUCAAAGGGUUCUUACUCAGAGAACCUUUGAGUUUAGCUUGAGGCUUUGCUUUAUUAAAUUAAAUCAUCGUGGUUCUAGUAUGAAUCUGGGGUUUCAAUUGAUUCAUAGGGUCUCAACAAGCAAAUUCCUAUCAAUAGUAAAACAAGAAUCAAUCCGCAUUACACAAAAAAACAAGAAAUAAAAUAACAAAUAAAAAAAUAGGGAAGAGAAGAUUCAAAAGGCCUGUAAUGAUCAACAUCAAAAGAGACAGAUGAGCCAACUUGAUAUUUUGAGGCAUUAUCAUACAAAGAAGAAAUUUCUUAUUUUUGUUACUUCGUAUCUUCGGGUCGGGGCAAAUCAAGCGGCUAAGCUAAGAAGUUUUUAACUUUCUAUUACAUAUCCGUUGAAAUCAGCAUUUGUGUGUUUCUGCUUGAGCCGUACGAGAUGAAAUUUUCAUAUACGGUUCUCAGAGGGGGAGUCCCUUGGCCUUGGUUACCUAUCUCAAUAAAGUAUAUGAUUGGUUUGAGGAACGUCUUGAGAUUCAGGCGAUUGCAGAUGAUAUAACUAGUAAAUAUGUUCCUCCUCAUGUCAACAUAUUUUAUUGUUUAGGGGGGAUCACACUUACUUGUUUUUUAGUACAAGUAGCUACAGGUUUUGCUAUGACUUUUUACUACCGUCCAACCGUUACAGAGGCUUUUUCCUCUGUUCAAUACAUAAUGACCGAGGCCAACUUUGGUUGGUUAAUCCGAUCAGUUCAUCGAUGGUCAGCAAGUAUGAUGGUUCUAAUGAUGAUCUUGCACGUAUUUCGUGUGUACCUUACAGGUGGAUUUAAAAAACCCCGCGAAUUAACUUGGGUUACAGGUGUAGUUUUGGCUGUAUUGACGGCAUCUUUUGGUGUAACUGGUUAUUCCUUACCUCGGGACCAAAUUGGUUAUUGGGCAGUAAAAAUUGUGACAGGCGUACCUGAAGCUAUUCCCGUAAUAGGAUCGCCUUUGGUAGAGUUAUUACGCGGAAGUGCUAGUGUGGGCCAAUCCACUUUGACUCGUUUUUAUAGUUUACACACUUUUGUAUUGCCUCUUCUUACUGCCGUAUUUAUGUUAAUGCAUUUUCCAAUGAUACGUAAGCAAGGUAUUUCGGGUCCUUUAUAGAAUCAUAGAUAUUUGUAAUUGAUCAUAUAUCAUACUGGGGAGGAACGAUAGACAAUAAUAUUUCAUUGCUAGAAAUAUGGAUUAUUGAAAAAAUAAGACAUGUUAUUUGGAUACUUUUCUUCAACUUCGAGGUAUUGUAUUCCUUAUUUGAUACGAAUAGUUGAAGUGAAUUUUCCGAAGAGAGGAUGGAUUAUGGGAGU